AUGUCGUCGUCAGCACUUGUAGCGACGUCUUCGCUAGCUACGCCGCCCAUUGAAGAUGACGCCGAGCUACCUAUUGAUCUCUCACAGCUUCCUUCUAUUCCUGCACCCAAAUCGCUGCUUCUCAUCAACAAUUUUGUAGCCAAUACGACGCGAUUUCUUAAUCAUUUUGCGCACGAAUGUGAGGAGCGGAUCACCCGUGUGUCGAACAAUGUCACAAAAGUCGAGAUUUUGUUAGCAAUUUUGGAGGCCAAAUUGAACAGUAUUCCAGAUCUAAGCGUUUCCGAUGUCGUAAUCGAUAAUGAUACUGCACACACAAACUCAGAUGUGAAUCAAAUGGACCUCGGCAUUUCAGAUCAAGAUCUGCCGUCUAUGGAAAUGCAUGACAUGCCACUACCCCCUCCUCCUCCCUCAGCAAAUGACCAGGAAACCGCCAUUGAAUCGAUGCCGCUUCCACCUCCUCCGCCUAUAGAAUUGAUGCCACCUCCGCCUCCGUCGUCCAUGGGAGACUUUGAGAAUGAUGAAGAUCACUUUGAUGUGGAUCAUGAAUCUCCAUUGCUAAAAUUAAAAGAUGACCCAGUUUACGCAAAAUACUUUGCCAUGCGAAGACUCGGUAUUCCCGACCAAGUAAUUGAGCACAAACUCAUGAUGGAUGGAAUGGAUACUAAUAUUCUCAGCAUGGACCCUGAAGGGCCGUCACCUAGUGGAGGUUUGGCCCCAACGAUGACUUCACAGCCCACGGGACCAAUUUUGCCCAUCAUGGCGCCUCCUCCUCCAAAUUCAGUUGAGGAAAGUGAUUUUUCAGAUGAUGAUGACCAGGAGUUACCACCUCCUCCACCGUCAUUGUCGAUGCCAAGAAAUGCCGAUCAAGCGUCAUCUGGUAAUAUCGGAAUGCCGUUUCCACCGCCACCACCACCAAUUUCACCCACGUCAUCAAUUGGUGGAGCUUCGGUACUUUUCAGUGACCCACCUCCGCCUUCAAUGGCACCACCAAUAAGCGAGAUGGAAGGCUCAAGUGAUGACGACAUUGAAGAAUUUGAUGCUGAUGAACCACCAGUGACUGCUGGCGUGAUGAAAAUCAAAGAUGACCCUGCUUUUGAAAAAUACUUUAAAAUGCGUAAGUUGGGCAUGCCAGACAGCGUUAUUCAGCAUAAACUUACUAUGGAUGGCGUGACCCUCGACAUUUUAAAUAUGGACCCUGAAGCCCCCUCUCCAAAUGCGACCGGCGAAAUUUCAGAGACUUUAGCAAGUUCCAUUGAUCUACCUCCACUCCCACCUGGAUUGCCACCACCUGCACGGCAAGCUGGGGGACUACCUCCACCUCCUAUAAAACGAUAUGACGAUUCAGAUUCUGAUUUUGAUUCCGACUGA